AUGGCUAAAAAGAAAAUUGAGGUAUUUAUAGACGUAAAAACAGAAAGAGAAUUCGAGCACAUACUUGAACAAUGUAAGAACAAGCUAAUAUGCGCAGAGGUUUACUGCCAUUUUUCUGGCUCCUGCACGGCCUUGGAUCAUCUCUUUACAAAGAUUAAGUUGGCUUGGACUGAUGGCCAAAUUGUAUUGCUUAAGGUCCCCGCCGACGAAAUAACAGCAUUCGCCAGGUUUAGAGGUCAUAGUCAGCCUAUUUUUCUAUUUAUUUUGAACCGCAAAAUAACGAAGAUAUUUCGUGGCGUGGACAACGUACGGUUUGCAGAGGUGGCCAAGAGCGAGUGGGACAUUUACACGUCGGUAAUGGGAGGUGGGACGAUUGAGAGACCCUUGUACGAUCUGGAUAAAGCAUCGCCUGAGGAGCAGGAAUGGCUGAACAGUCUUAAAGCUGUAGAGCAGAAGGAACAGGAUCAGGCUGAGUACUCCAGGAAGACCAGACAAGCGGCUCGCAAGCGCCACCGCGCCGAGAAGAUAGCUGAUGAAGUUCAACAUCUCAAUUUCGUUCUGUUCUGGCCUCAUAGCAAGCACGCCCAUCCGGAGUUGUAUGAACAGUGGGACUUGAAUGAUAUAGUGAUGAUUGCCCGUGAGGAAAUCCAGCUGAAUAAAGAGUUGGCAGAGGAUAUUCUGUAUGCUGGAGACGCUGAUAUCAACGAGGCUUCGAUGCACGCACUCCUGAAGGGAACAGCACUGGCCAUUUGCUUCAGAUUAGUGGAUACAGACAAGAAUUUCGUUCAACUGGUUCGUAAAAUUCUUUACGAAAACAUACCAGAUAAUGAUGAAGAUGCAGAUAACAAUACGACAGCAUUUGAUAAAUACAAAUCAUAUAGCGUAUGUAAAGAAGAAAUUCUUCGGCAACGUAAAGAAGAGAAAAUGAAAAAGAAGGAGGAAAAAAUCUGGCGUCGUGCUCGGCGUCUAUCUGAAAUGCAAAGAUUGGCGAAACAAGAAAUUGACAAUGCUGUACAAGCUAAAAAAGCUGCUAGAGAGGAGCACAAGAUAGAAUUACUGAAAUCGGGGAAUUUAGAAGCAUUGGCAAAAUUUGAAAAGGAAAGUGAUGAUAUUGAGGACAUUGAUAUUAAAAUACCACAGGAACUGGCAGAAGACGUUGAAACUGAAUCCAGUGAAGAAACAGAUGAAGAGGAAUAUUUUCCACCAGCUGGUCUUCUCAUUCCUGGCUUCUAUGCACCACCUAAUGAUGUGGCUAAAGGAAACGGUUUGGCCGUACUUUUUCCAAAUAUUAUAACACAAUAUGUGACUCCAGAACCAGAACACCUUCCGCCCCAUGUCCUGGUCAUGAUUGACAUAUCAAAACGCUAUAAUGCCAAUAAAAUUAUAGCUGCUUAUAAAAAAUAUAUUAUACAUAUGGGCAUAUUCCGAGGCACUUCACCAAGGAAUGCUAUUCACGUGGCGUACAGUGUAAAACAGUUCGACUCUAUGAAAUUCACCGAGAUAAAAAAUGUGUGCACAGCAUUCAUGGUGGCUAUAAAAUCAGACCUCGCUCUGCUUGCUCUGAUGGACCUUCAUCCGUUUUAUGUCAGUCGAGAUCCGAUCCAUGGCGAAGAAGAUUGCUCUGUCCUGUUUGAUGUCAGCUACGGUGACCACUAUCCAGAGUUUGAAGAUAUUUCUUACUAA